UCGGAUAUGGUCUUUUACCCCAUUAGAGUUUCUAAAAAUUCCCAAAAUUCUCGUCGCUGUGCUUUUCGUAUGUAGCUUGAGCAAUUGCAUUGUCAAGAUUCUGUACAUCGAAGAGGAAGUGGUUGCAGCGUUGAAUCGCAUACCCUGUUAUGGUGUGGAGCAUCAAAUAUCACUUGUUCCUAACACAAACUUCUUGAGGUGCUUCAGAUUGAAGAAUUGAAACCUGUAAGUGUGUAAAUGGUGCCUAAUUUUCUCAUUGCAAAAUUAAUUGCAUCAUCAUUAACACGCUACAAGAUCACCCAUUUCCUAUUGGGUUCACAUUCUCUGCUGCAACACAAACACAAAGCUUCACUUUUUCUCUUCAAUUCAUUCACUUCUGGUGCAAUCCACCCCAAAGGUGACACCUUUACAGUGUCUUACUUGGUCAACUCAUGUGGGGUGUCCCCAACACUGGCCAAGGAACUCUCCAAAAGGGUCAAUUUGAAAACCCCAGAUGGCCCAAAUGCUGUUAUUGAUCUUCUCAGCAACUAUGGGUUCUCCAAAACCCAGAUUGCAAAACUUGUGGAAAAGCAUCCCUUGGUGCUUGUUGCAAAGGCAGAAAAUACCCUUUUGCCUAAACUCAAGUUCUUGAGAUCUAUUGGGGUUUCCAAUACUGAUCUUCCUAAGAUUCUGCUUCGAAACCAUGCUAUAUUGAUGUGUAGCUUGGAAAAUUUCCUCAUCCCACGUUAUGAGAUCCUCCGGGGUAUAGUUCAGGAUGAUCAGAAAGUUGUUAGAACUUUGAAAAGUGCUGCAUAUAAUAUUACAUAUUCUGACGUGUUGAAAACCAUGGUUCCAAACAUUAAUGUUUUGAGGCAAUCCGGUGUGCCUCAAGCUUCUAUCUCUCUCUUGGUGGUCCAUUAUCCUUGUGCUGCGUAUGUGAAGCAUUUCAAAUUCGUGGAAGCUGUCGAGACAGUUAAGGAAAUUGGGUUUAGUCCUUUGAAAACUAACUUUGUCCUGGGUGUCCAAGUGCUUUUAACUAUGAGAAAAACAGUGUGGAAGUCAAGACUUGAGCUUUAUGAGAGGUGGGGUUGGAACGAUGUAAUGUUUCAUGAAGCAUUUAGAAUGUUUCCCAAUUUUGUGAAGUUGUCAAAUGCUAUGUUUACUAGAAAAAUGAGUUUCUUAGUGAAGGAUAUGGGUUUGUCAUCAGAAGAUAUUGCUAAAUAUCCUCCAGUUCUAGCCUACAGCUUGGAGAAGAGGAUCAUCCCUAGAUUCUCUGUAAUUAAAAUCUUGAAAUCAAAAAGUCUGCUCAAGAAUAGUUUUCACUUCAGUUCCUUUAUGAAUGUAACUGAGCAAUUUUUUUUGGAGAAAUUUGUCAUCAACUUUCAGAAAGAUUUGCCUGUUUUAGCAAAUGUCUACAAAGGUUUGAUAGAUUCUCAGAAGGUAAUGUAGCUUGCAGGCAAUUGUUCAAACUUAUAAUUUUCAAUUUCAAUGCUAAAUUAAACAUUUAUUUUGUCUGCUUUU